AUGACCCCCUCAUGCCCCUGGUCAUAUGAUCCGUUGGUCGUUCGUGGUUCGACCUCGCGGGAAACACGCCUCAGCGCUCAGCUUUGGACGAAACUCGCACUUCACAAAACUCGACUCAGAGAUGCUGGAUUCAUCGCCACACACCUCCAGAAUUCGGGUGGCCUUCCCCUUGACAUCUCCAUCACCUUUCCAUCUGACCUUAAACUUAAGGACGUGCCCUCGAUGCUCUCACUCCAGACGCGCCAUAUCACGAAGCAUGGAAGAAUCUCGUCCCUGCGAUUGGAGAAGGUCGAGCUGCUUGUUUUAAAAAUCAGGAGACCCCCCUUAGAAGACAACACACGCUUUUCGAUACUGACGACGGCGUUUACCCCGUCGCCAAAGCUCGCCCUCCUCGAGAUCCCUCUGUGGCCACUUCUAGACCUCCCCAUCUUGCAACAAUCACCUCUCUCGUCUUCGAGAGUCCUUUGA